AGAACUAGAAAUUCUAGAAUCCCAUUUAAAAGAUGCCAUCAUCUCUUUCUCUUCGUAGCCUUAAUUCACCGUCACCAUUCUUCCAUUGUCUUCCUUCAACCCCUUUCGUUUCGUUCCAAUCACAAGCAAUGGGUUCUUUCUCCUCCUCCUCCUCUUCUUCUUCUUACACCCAACAACAACAACAUCAAAACAACCUCGACGAACACAAACUCUCGCACGUGCUGAAAUACCACAACCAAACCAAACACGCUUUCAACCACUACGCCAGAGGCCCUCAUGGGCUCGAUUGGGCCAACCAGCCCAACCCAUUUCGCAGGUACCUUUCUUCCCCUCUCCUCUCUCUCCUUCACUUCCCCACAGACUCUGACUCACAACAAAACGCACCGUUUUACCACUCCCUCUUCCACUCUCUCCCCUCUCCCAAACCCGUUUCCAAAUCCACCAUAUCCCAAUUCCUCUACGAUUCCCUCGCUCUCUCCGCUUGGAAAACCACUGGCUUUUCCACUUGGUCCCUUAGGGUUAACCCUAGCAGCGGCAAUUUGCACCCCACUGAAGCCUACAUCGUUGCUCCACCCAUACCCUCUAUCUCUGAUUCACCUUUUGUUGCUCAUUAUGCUCCAAAGGAGCAUUCUUUGGAGCUUAGAGCUCAAAUCCCAUCUGGGUUUUUCCCCAAACAUUUUCCCCCCAAUUCCUUCCUUGUUGGGUUCACCUCUGUUUUCUGGCGCGAGGCUUGGAAAUAUGGGGAACGUGCUUUCAGGUACUGUAACCAUGAUGUUGGUCACGCCAUUGGUGCUGUUACAAUGGCUGCUGCGUGUCUUGGUUGGGAUGUUAAGGUUUUGGACACACUGGGGUGUGAGGAGUUGAAGAGUCUAAUGGGGCUUCGUGUUUUUCCCGAGUUUGAAAUCCCGUCACGUGCUGUUAGAGGGAAGAUUCCAGAGAUUGAGUUUGAGCACCCUGAUUGUGUUAUGUUGGUUUAUCCAAGUGGAGUUGGUGGGUUUGAUGUGAAUUUUAAGGAGUUAAGUUGUGCCAUGUUGGAAUUUGAUAAGUUAGAGUGGAAAGGGAAGCCUAAUUCCCUUAGCAAAGAGCAUGUGUGUUGGGAUGUUAUUUAUAGAACUGCUGAGGUUGUGAAGAAGCCUUUGACAUUGGGGCAUAGGUUCUUGGUUGAGCCAUUUCAAAGGAGUGGUCUUUAUAGUGAAGGUUCUUAUAAGGACCUUACUGUUAGGCAAGUUGUCAGGAAGCGUAGAAGUGCUGUUGAUAUGGAUGGAGUUACUAGUAUUGAGAGGGAUACGUUUUAUCAGAUUCUAGCACAUUGUCUCCCUUCAGGUUGCCAAGCUGAAGGGAAGCAAAGGAGACAACUUGCAUUGCCGUUUCGGGCACUUUCGUGGGAUGCCGAGGUGCAUGCUGCUUUGUUUGUUCAUAGAGUGGAAGGGUUGCCACAAGGCUUAUAUUUGUUAGUGAGGAAUCAGACGCAUUUUAAUGAGUUGAAGAAAUCUAUGCUCCCUGACUUUUCGUGGACCAAACCUGAGGGCUGUCCUGAUGAUCUUCCUUUGUAUGAACUACUUAGAUCCGAUUGUCGGCAGCUUGCGAAGCAGCUUUCGUGCCACCAGGACAUUGCAAGUGAUGGUUGCUUCAGCCUUGGUAUGUUGGCCCGUAUGGAACCCACUUUGCGUGAGAAGAAUGUAUGGAUGUAUCCACGAUUAUUUUGGGAGACUGGAGUCCUUGGACAGGUGCUGUACCUCGAGGCACAUGCUGUUGGAAUCUCUGCUACUGGAAUUGGUUGCUUCUUUGAUGACCCUGUGCAUCAGUUGCUUGGGUUAAAAGGAUCAGCCUUUCAGAGCCUCUAUCAUUUUACUAUUGGAGGUCCUGUCUUAGACAAGCGUAUUAUGAGUUUACCAGCAUAUCCAGGCCCUGAUGUUGAUGCUUGAUGACUUCAACUUUCCAUUCAAUGUUUACAGAAACUUACAUAACAAGUGGCCUGUCAGAUGAAUCUCUUUACCAAAACACUUCAUUUAACUAGUUAUAAACCUCUGUGUAUAUUUCUGUAUAUGUGAGUUCCUCCACAUAGGUAAAAUUUUGUCCGCAUACACAACUGCAUAUUUGAUAAUUUCUGGUAACUUUGCUAACAAUCUACAUUGUUGUUUAGUAAAUGUGUAAUAAAUCUGGAUUUCUUAUUAUAGUUAAAGAGUAACAAAUGUAAUGAUGAAUAAUUGGUAAAUCAUUCUGCUGUAUAGUAGCCAGCAACAUCAUUCUGCUAUAUAUGAGCCACAAUGGCUUUGUAUCACAAUUUUUCGCGUUUGG